CGACACUCGAGUCGAAGCGUGGCGCGAUCAGCCUGUUGACGUAUCUAUCAUUCACACUUGGCGUCAACCAACCGACACAUGGGCUGCUUAUCUACCUUUCUCUCGCGCAACCAUGAUCUCACUCCGAGCUAGCGUGUUCAUUCGCCUGCAAGGGAGUGCCCGCCGAUUCGCCUCCGAAGCGCCUGCGUUCCGCAUUCCAUUGAUCGAUUUCUCGAAAUUCCGGGCAGGAUCGCCCUCGGAGAAGAAGGCCGCUGCGAACCAGAUCGUCUCUGGGUUUAAGGAGAGCGGAUUCAUUUACUUGCGUGGGCAUGGAAUCUCUUCUGCUGUCAUCCAGAACGCAUUCACCCAGAGCGCACAGUUCUUUCGCCUGCCGAAUGAGGUCAAGGACACUCUUGCCUGGGAGGACCCACGGUCCAACCGAGGUUACGUCAAAUUCGGUCGCGAGCGUGUAACUAAUUCUACGGAUCCGGCGGAGAUCGCAGCUUUACGCGCUAAUGCGCCUGACUACAAGGAGACGAUGGAGAUCGGGAGAGACUGGGACUCUGCGUGGAAAAACCAAUGGCCUCAACGCAGCGACGCACCGACCUUCAAACCGACAAUGCUGGAUUUCUUUCAGAAGUGCCACGAGCUGCAUACCCAUGUGAUGCGCUCCAUUGCUGUCGGCCUAGACAUGGAGGAGGGAUGGUUCGACGACAAGAUCCAGGAGCAGUGUCACAAUCUCCGGCUGCUGUCGUAUCCCCCGGUGAAGCGCUCGCUGCUGGAGACUGAAGGAACGGCAAGAGCGGGUGCUCACACAGAUUAUGGGACCUUGACCCUCUUAUUCCAGGAUGCGGUGGGCGGACUGCAGGCCCAGAACCCACACACGGGCCUUUUCGUUCCUGCUGCACCCAUUCCGGACACCAUCGUCAUCAAUGUCGGAGACCUCCUGGCUCGUUGGAGCAACAACACUCUGCGGUCCACUCUCCACCGUGUCGUGGCGCCGCCUGCUACCGUCAUCAAUGCUGGGGAAGUGAUUACUCCCGCGCGCCAGUCGAUCGCGUUUUUCUGCAACCCCAACUUUUCCGCUGAAAUCGCGUGCCUGCCCAACUGCGGAACUCCCAAAUUUGAACCCGUGAACACGGAGAAGUACAUCGUGGGAAGGCUGGCGGCCACUUACAGCUGAGCGUCUUGGCAUUGAAUCAACGGGUAUUCUGUGGGUGUAAUCGGCCUUCUAGCAUGGGCGGUCUGAUUCAAAUGGGAAAUUGAAAAUAAGUUCUAGCCAGACUAUGUAACUUGUGCCUUGAGAGUUGUUUACCACCGGGUCGAUCUGCUGAGCAACUGGCUCUCAGAUAGGAGCGUCGCGGUCAUGUGAUGUGCCCACGUGUCUCAAUCUUCAAUCGAUAAACCGAAUCGCUGAUUCGCUGUUUCUAAGUUACUGUCAGCGUUAUCUUCUGUCAAAACCAAAUACACCAGUCAUUGGGUCAAGCCCC